AUGCUGGGGCGAGGGAGGACAGAAGCGCGCGAGGCCGCCGAGCCACAGUUCAUCCAUUCGAUUUAUAUUCUGAGCAAAUCGGGUGGCCUGAUUUACCAGAAGGACUUCACGAAGGCAGCUUCCAAACUCAACACAAAUGACCAUCUGCGAUUGGGUGGUCUCUUUUACAGCUUCAACUCGAUUGCGAAGGACCUGUCGCCGGUGAUGGACUGUCAAGGAAUAGAAGUGCUGGAAACGGAGACGUUCAAACUACACUGCUUUCAGACGCUUACAGGGACAAAGUUCUUGAUGGUGGCUGAUCCCAAGCACUCACAGAUGGCCAAGGUGUUGGAGCAGGUGUACGAGCUCUAUUCUGACUACGUGCUCAAGAACCCCUUCUACGAGUUCGAACAGCCCAUUCGAUGCGAGAAGUUCGACACGUUCAUGAACGAGCUCAUGCGGGCCAAGAACACGCCAGAGAAGAAGUGA